GCUGCUAGCCGCGAAGCUCGCACGCUGGAGGGCCGAGGGCCCGCCGGGCGGCGGCGGCGGCGGAAGCGGCUUCCCCGGUCGGCUUCGGCUGAAGGGAACGAGCCGGAGGAGGAGGAGGAGGCGACGAGGCCGGCGAGGCCUGCGGGCCGCAUGGCUGGAGCUCCGGGCGGUGGCGGGCCAGGCCCCGCGGCCGGGGAGCCGCUGCUGCAGCGACGCGACUCCGGACAGGGCUCGCCCGAGCCGCCGCCGCCGCCGCCGCCGCCGGAGCACGGGCAGCCCCGGCAGGGCUUCCUCUCCAGCCUCUUCACCCGGGACCAGAGUUGCCCGCUCAUGCUCCUGAAGACGCUAGAGACGAAUCCGUAUGUCAAACUUCUACUUGAUGCCAUGAAGCACUCAGGUUGCGCUGUUGACCCAGGGAGGCACUUUUCUUGCGAGGACUGUGACGGAAAUGUCAGUGGCGGCUUUGAUGCUUCCACGUCCCAGAUUGUUUUGUGCCAGAAUAAUAUCCGAAACGAGGCCCACAUGAGCAGGGUCGUCACCCACGAGCUCAUUCACGCCUUCGAUCAUUGUCGGGCCCACGUCCACUGGUUUACCAACGUCAGACAUUUGGCCUGCUCCGAGAUUCGAGCUGCCAGCCUGAGUGGAGACUGUUCGCUUGUGAACGAAAUCUUCAGGUUGCAUUUUGGAUUAAAACAACACCAUCAGGGUCUCACUGUACAUCUCUGGCUGUCCUUUGAUGAGCAAGCGUUUCCAGCUGAGUGUGCUGACCAUGCAGAAGUAAGCCUGGGAAAAUAGAGGCUGUUGGUGAUUAUCACUGAAUCCCUGUGUAGUUUUCCUUUAUUGCUCUUUUGAGACCAGGUCUUGCAGCUGCUGGUUUUAUUCUGGACUCAGGCCAUCUUCCUGCCUCGGCUUCCCACUGCUGGGGGGUGUGUGUCGCCACACCUGGCCUUUAAUUUUAGUUUCAAUUUUUUUAAAUUUUGAGAUAGACUUUCAAAAUUAUGUGUGAUAUGUAGCCUAAACUGGCCUGGGAUUCUUGGUCCUCAUGCCCUCGUCUCCUGAGUAUUGAUUUUACAAGCAUGUGCCACCAUACCUGCUUCUAAUUAUCUUUUGUUAAAGGGUCAGACACCAGUUUUUAAAAUUUUAGUGUCAAGAACAGAGAAAUAAAUAUUUUAAAAGCUCUCUGAGAAUUGGAACGGCAGGGCUGUUACAUUUCUUAAAACAUGUAAAUUUUAGGAUCGACAAAUUCAAGAUAAUAGGUACGUGAUUCUCAUAGCAAAACCGAGGCCUAUGCAAAGACUGUGUUUCAAUUUUCUUUCUUUCUAAAAAUGAAGGCACCUUUCAAGUUUGGGUAUGGUUUCCUGCUUCCUUGGGAUAAACAGUAAAAAUUAAUCUUUCACUAGUCAGCUGAAAAGUUAUGAAAGAGGUGUGGAAGUGAAGAAUAUUUCACUUUUUAAAAAAAGAUUGUUUUAUUUUUAGUUAUGUAUGCCUGUUGUCAGUGUUCUGUGUUUUGAGGGUCAGUUAAGAAAGAGUGUUACUCCAGAAUGUAGUUCAGGUUUAGCCAAAGCAUCAGGGGUUCUGGUGGCUUUGCAAAAGCCUCUCCCCUCCCCCCCCCCCAGACG